AUGCAGGAUGGAGGCUCCCUGAUGGCAGACAUCCGAGCACAGCGGGACUACAUGGACACUGUGUGUCGGAGUCUGGCCAGUCGGCUGGAGCGUGAGACGGGUCCUCCUCAUCACCUCCGUCAGUUUUCACGACGGUUGGACAACCUGUUGGAGCUGCUGUGUACUGAUGUAGUAGCUGAAGAUGUGGAGAGCGCAGAGGAGGCCCUCAAGAACCUCCAUGAACAGUGUGAAGGGAUUGAUGACUCUGCACAGCAAGCACUGAAUGAUGGCCAGAGUCUCCUGGAUGAGAUGUCCAGGCCCAUUAAAGAUGCUUUCGGCAAGGACAUCUCGCCUGACUACAGCAGCCAGAUCAAGUACAUAACAAAGAAGCUGGAGGAGCUUCAAGAGAGGAAGUUGAGGUGUGAUGAACUGGCUGAUGUCCGCAAACUAAAGCUCCAGCAGAUACUGCAGCUCAGGACCUGCGAGAAGGAUGCGGAUCAGGCAAUAGACUGGAUCCUGGAGCUGUGUGAUGUGAUGGUGACGACCCACACUGACAUGGGGAGGACGCAGGAGGAGGCUGAGAAGUUGCAGGAAGAACAUCGCACAUUUGAAUCAACUGCUGCAGUACGUUACCCAGGAUAUCUUGGUGAUAUCAGCCCAUUAUAUGUCCCUGUACCGGGACGUGGACAAAAUAGUUCAGGGUCACUCAUGAGAUGGAAUAUGUUUGGGAUGUUGUGUCAGCCAUGUUUCUCUUCAUGUGAUAAGCUGUUUGACCGAAUCGAGGAGAUCCUGGUUGUCAUCAGCCAGGCACUGGGCCAGGAGGUUCCUAUAGAUGAAGUACUAGUGCAAUAUACCAAACCCAAGAACACCCUGUUGGCUGACUGUGCCGACACCACUCAGAUGGGGAAAGCCUUGCUGGACAGACUUGCCCUGCCAGUUAUCAUGUUGGACGAAAAUGAUCGGAGACUGAGCAUAAAUGAGGAAGGAACAACCGACACUAUUAAUCACAAGUUACGAAAACUUGACCGCAAAGUUGGAGACUUGGACAAAUAUUGGGCCGAACUGGAAAACAAUCAAAAUAAUCCUGAUUACAAGCCAAAACUUAAAAGAACCCCAUCCUCACGAACAAGAUUACCAGCUGAUACAGGACAAGUGCCUCCUCGAAGAAAAUCUAGCAAACGCAUUCGACCCAAACCACCCCUAAGAGGACAACAAUUUCAGCCUGAUGGGUCCACAUACCCCGAUAGCCCAGGCUCAUCAUCACAUGGUUCUCCAGGUAGAGUGUACCCGUCCAGUGAACAGGGCUCACCAGCAGCUCAGGGAUAUCCCACAGGUCAAGGUUACCCUGCAGGAACAGUUCAGGGUUACCCGGCAGGAUCAGGACAAGCUGGGGUUCAUCCUGUGGCCUAUACCAGGGUAGCUCAAGAACAUACUCAAGCAUCACCUGGGUACUCUCCCAGUAGUGGAAGAGGAGGCAGUAGGCCUGUCACGAAUGGAUACUCAGGUAUGGGUGACCAGGUUGACCAUGGGUCUGAGAGGGAAGCCCCAAUCCAGCCAGUGUCAGCCCAGCUCGCUCAUGCUCAGUAUGGGCAGUCUCAGCCUCCAGAGGGUGAUGACCUACAGAGAGAGUUAGAAGAGAGUGGAGAAUGGAUUCGAGUACGUGUCCACCAAAUGGAACCCGACCUCCUGGAGGUCGGCGCGACCUUGGAAGAAGCUCUCCAGCUACGCAGGGAACAUGACGAACUCCUUUCGAAACUUCAGUCCAAAGAAGGAGAAGUCAAGGAGAUGCUGUCGAGAGCAGACACAUACGCAGAUGAGAAUCGAUCACAAGCAGACGUUUACGUUGCAAUGGCCGACACGCUUUCAGAAGCCUGGCGAGACCUCAACGACAAAUUGAAACUACGCGGUCAGCUGCUGGACCAAAGCAUUGCAUUCCACCAGGGCGCACAAGAUCUUUCAUCCAAAAUGGAACAAGCACAAAGCAACUUCAGCAAUGUUCCCCUUGCCAAGGAUGUGGAGACCGCCCGCAACUUACUCCAGCAGCACCAAGAGAUCAAAUCAAGUAUAUUGGAGAAAUCUAAGUACACACUUGACAUUGGUCAGUCCUUGCUUGAUCGCAUCAAAGAAAUGGGUAUGCAUGCAGACCUACAAAACAGGCACGCCACCACCGCAGCCUGUUAUGGAAUUGAACAUUUACUGGAACUUUUACAUGAUCGACGUCGACACCUAGAAGAACUUAUGACACAAAGAAAAAUAAGACUGGAACAAUGCUUGCACUUGUGCCAGUUGGACCAAGAAGUGAACAAGAUUCUUGAGUGGUUCCGCACCAUUGGAGCAGCCAGCAUAAACAACUCGGAUCUCGGAGAUUCUUACUCCUCCGCCAAGUAUUUACAGGACCAACAAAACAGAUUUGAGAUCCAAGCGAGGGAUAUGCAGGACACGAUGCUGCGAUUGAUCCGGAAUGUAGACCAACUCCUUCUCCGAGCCAGUCUCGAUGCGGAGGGAGUGCGUCAGCGAUUGCAGAUCGUGGAUGCCGAGUGCGAAGACUUCAUGGUCAAACUGGACAACAGAAGAAAGAACAUCUCAAGCUCUGUAUCUUUCUUCAACCAAGCAGAAACGGCUCUAACACAACUGGGACAGAUUGAAGUCCAGCUUAACAACAUGGACUUGCCACGGAACAGCGCAGAGCUCGCCGAGCAUCAUGCUCAUCUUUCUAACGCCAUUGUGGAAGUUUCCACGUCAGCCUUUAUGGAAGGUCGUCUUCUACUAGAGAGGGUCAGUAGGAGCGACGCCGGGGCUGAUGGCGUCAGAAAGAAGAUGGAUGAACUCGAAGCUCGCUGCGCCCAUCUUGAGUCGCUGUGCAAGGCGAGACGGGCCGAGGCGUGGGAGCGUAGUCAGGCUUAUCUCAUCUUCCAAGAGAAAUUCAACAGUCUCUUCACGUGGAUGACACAGAUUUGUCAGAGUACGCUCAGUCGCCACGGCAACAUGGGAAACACCCUUGCCAGCGCCAAGGACUUUCUUGAAAUACAUGAGCAAUUGGAUGAAGACAUUAGAGAAAAAAGUGCGGAAAUUGACUCCUUAUCCGAGGCUGUAGUGAAUCUGGUCAGGUCAGGGGACCAGGAGGCACAGUCGGCCGCGGAGAAGGUGGACAACAUGCGCAAACAGCUGAAUCGGUUGCACCGCGUCACCGAAACCCGCAUUCAACUUGCUCUCUACUACGUCUCAUUCCUCAGGCUUGCAAAUCAAAUGGUCACCAAUAUGAGUGGCCUAGAACACAUCGUCCAUUCAGAAACCGAAGAUCUGCAGGAACUAACAGAUGCUGCAGUUCUUCACACACAGGAGAUGUGGAACAACAUGUCACGUAACUUUUCGGAAUUCGAUGAGAAGGGCAGAAUAUUUUUGAAGAAUUCCUCCACAAUCACAGAUGACUCCACUUUGGAGAUCCGCAGUACCAUCAACACUGUGGAGAAGCUGCUACUGGACUUCCGUGAGCGAAUAUCAACACUGACGCAACACUGGGAGUCGUGGCAGAUGCGUGUAUCCUCCAGCAAACAGUUCAAAUCACAGUGGCACCAGUUUGUCCAAGACGCCAGACGGACCAUUGACUGGGUGAUGAAGGUAGAGAGGGAGUUUUUCCUCCCCUACAUCGCAGGACAGCUUGGAAACUCGCUCGAACGAGCAGAACAGCUUCAACGUAAAGUGGAGGAGUUUGGUCCAGUAGCCAAGAAAGCCAAAGAAGAUAUCGAGAACCACUUGAAGACCGCGGAGCUGUUGUCACUGAAGGGAGAUACCAAGGGAGAAAAGGACAAGAUCAUCAGUGAACUGGUCAAGGUCCACCAAAGAUUCCAGGCACGCAUCAACGAGUACCAGAUCCUGCUCAAGAUGACCAUCACAUUCUUCAAGAACCUUCAUCAGUUGGAUGAGGUGAUCUCGAGGACAGAGCAGACGUACUCCCAGUUGGAGCUGCCAUCAGACCUGACCACAGCUGAGUCGAUGCUGGAGGACCAUAAGCGCAAGAAGAAUGAAGUGUCGCAACUCAUCAACUUCUCUGCCGAGGAGGGCGAGAAAAUCGUCAGAAGAGUAAGACAGCAGGAUUCACAAGCUGUCGCGUCAGAAGACGUUCAGAGUGUGCUGAUCGUCACAGAGGAAUACAAGCGUCGCUGGAACCAGACUUGGGACGAACAGCAGAAACGCUUGCAGCAAAAUCUACAGAUCUGUCAGUUCAACUAUGAUCUUAGACAGAUCCAUUCAGAGAUAGAUGAAUUACAUCAGCAUCUUCAGGCGCGACGAGGCAGCUACGGCAACAACCUUCCGGCUGCCAAGAUGACGUCGCAAGCCUUCAAACAGUUUGAAUUAACUGUUGAGUUAAUUGAGAAGAAGAUAAGCAACUUCAUCGGCACCGCCGAGGUGAUGGUGCAGGACAGACAUUACGACUCUGUCCACAUCCGCCGCGAGAUCGAUGUGCUGAAAAACAAAUGGAGUACAUUCCACACCAGCGUGCGAGACUAUCGCCGCCUGCUUGAUACCUCUAUCCAGUACUUCACACUCAUCGAGGAGUGUGAGAUUUGGAUGAAGGAAGGUAGUCACCUGCUGAUCAAUAUUGGUCGCAGGUCGACUGAGUGCCGCAACCCACAAGAAGCCAACGAGCUUAUAAGGAAGUUAGAGAAAUACGUCGAGGAAGGAAAACCUCUACAAGAACAGAGACUGCAGAAAGUCUCCGAACUAGCAGUACAGCUAUAUGGUGAACAGGGUCCCAACAAGAUCCGCCAUGUUGUGAUCCAGUAUCAGGAUCUCAUGCAGUCUUUUGAGCAAGCCGACAACGAACUGUCCCUGCUCAGAGACAACCUAGAAGGAAAGAAGGAGCCAGUGGAGGAGAGCAUGCAGCAACAGGCUGCUGCCCCUGCCGCUGCACCCCAGUACCGACCACCUCGCAUCACACAACACCUGAAGAAUGCUGAGGUGGUUGAAGGAACAAAAUUCACGUUUGAGUGUCGUGUUGAGAGCGACACACCAUCGGAAGCCAAAUGGUUCAAGGAUAACUUGCCUCUUGCUAGCCCAGACUAUGAAACUCGCUACGAAAAUGGUCUAGCAACACUGACAAUUGAGGAAACAUUCUCAGAAGAUACUGCUCGCUACACCAUCAGAAUCACCAACACGGCGGGCACAGCCGAGUCCUCAGCUCAUCUCAAUGUCAAAGCUCUUCAAACACCAGUGUUCCACCAGCCCCUCCAAGACAUGACUGUUCCCGAGGGCAAGGCAUUCCGCCUGGAGGUCCGCUUCACCGGAUCACCUGCCCCGGAGGUCCAGUGGUUCCGGGGAGUGGACAGAGUCAUCACAUCAGGACUCUUCAAGGUGACUGUGGAGGUGAACUAUUCCUGUCUGGACAUUGCGGAGGCGUUCCCUGAGGACUCUGCCCAGUACACUGUGGUUAUCAAGAACGCAGCCGGAGAGGCAAGGACACAGUGCAGGAUCACCAUUGAGAGCUUCUACUCCAGCACUGGUGAGGAUAUGUCUCAGGCCUCCAUGGAACAAGUGGCCAUCAAGCCUCACUUUACACAGUUGUUGUCUCCAACCAAAACAACCCCCGAGGGAUCUCGUGUACGUCUUGACUGUAUCAUUGUUGGACACCCAGAGCCAGAGGUUAUCUGGUACCACAAUGAGAAGCCUGUGAAGGAAUCCAAAGACAUCCAACUCCUGUUCGAGGGAGAUCGCUGUACACUUGUCUUGAGAGAAGCUUACCUUGAAGAUUCAGGAACAUACAAAUGUGUCGCCAGGAAUGACCAUGGUCAAGCUGAGAGUGGCUGUAAACUUCAUGUUGAAGCCCUCAGCGAGCUCAGUGACGCGUCCGUGGGCGAGGUGUCACCACCCAAGUUCACCCAGCUGCUGAAGGACAUUGCUGUGAACGCUGGUCAACGAGUGUGUCUGCAGAGCCGCGUGACCGGUCACCCCCUUCCAGAAGUUCAGUGGUUCAAGGAUGAUCAUCCACUACAGAGCUCCCCAGACUUCCAGAUCACUGCCUUUGCUGAUGUCCACUCCUUGACCAUCCAAGAAGCGUUUGAGGAGGACAGUGGCACCUACAUGGUGAAGGCUGUCAAUGUCGCUGGCGAGGCCAAGUGUGUCUCCCAGUUGCGUGUCAUGCCAUCUCCAGAGCCGAUGACCACUGUGCGCCGCACCACCACCGAGACCCGCGUGGUUCGUCAUGAAGAGAUCACACAGGCAGCACCUGAGUUCAAGAAGCUCUUCCAGGACAUCAGAGUUAGGCCUGGAGAACCAGUCACAUUCGAGUGUAUCAUCACUGGAAGUCCCAAGCCAAAGGUCCAAUGGCAGUUCAAUGGUGAGCCACUGGUCUCCCAGGACUACAACAGGACCAUGGAAGGAGACACCUACAAACUCAUGAUCCCUGAGGUGUUUGACGAGGAUGCAGGCCGCUUCAGUGUCACAGCAGAGAACAACCUGGGUAAAGCCACGUGCUCUGCCCAAUUGACAGUAGCACCAGAACUGCCCAGCACGGAGCCUCCCACGCUCCAGAUCCGCAAACACAAAGUGAGGGUGGAGAGAGAGGUUCCCAUGGAUACAUCCGAGUCCACCACCUAUGAGGAAGUAACCCGAACUGUGACACAGACCGAGACGCGUCUAGAAAGGAUGAUCAGUGAGAUGCAGGAUCAGCCCUACGCCCCCAGCACAGAGCGCUUCGCCACCACCAUCACCACUGGUGUCGAACAGCAGCAGAUGAUUCCCAGCAUGCCCUCACACGAACAUUUCGCCACGACCAUCACCACCGAUCUGCCACAGAAAUAUCAGCCGGUGGACCUGACGAUUGAAGUUCCUGUUCCGCCUAAGUUCCUUCAAGCUCUGAAGACUAUCACUGCCAUGGAAGGAACCCGAGUCAUCUUUGAAGGUGUUGUAACAGGGAAACCCGAGCCCAGUAUCAAAUGGUACCGUGAGGGAAGGGAGAUAACUCAACAGGCAGAUUUUGAAAUCUCCUAUCGCCAGGGGCGUGUAACACUGAUAAUACCCGAGACGACACAAGAAGAUGCUGGACAAUUCAGGUGUACAGCUGAGAACAUUGCUGGACAGUCCUCUAGCACAGCUGAACUUAUUGUCAGAGCUUCUAUGAUUCCACCCACAUUCACAGAGAAGCUUCAGAAGAUCCAUGCUGUGGAGGGUGAGCCAGUCCGGCUGACCGUCCGCGUGGCCGGAACACCAGCCCCUCAGGUCACAUGGUACCGUGAGGGAAGCCGCAUCGUCAGCUCUCCUGACUUUGAGGUCAUCCAAGAGGGAGAUAUCCACUCACUCUACAUUCCGGAAGUUUUCUAUGAGGACGCCGGACACUUCAUGGUCCGUGCCGAUAACCCAGCCGGUGAGGCUACAUGCUCCACUCAGCUUAUUGUGCCAGCUCCACCAAAGGAGAAACCAGAGCCUCCAGUUCAGCGUGCCCCAGAGAGGAAACCAGUUUAUGAACAUGUGGAGCCAUCAAGAGCUCCACCAGCCAAGGCUCCAGUGUUCCAGCCAAUGGAGCCAUCAAAAGCUCCACCAGCCAAGGCUCCAGUGUAUGAGCCAUUUGAACCAUCAAGAGCCCCACCAGCCAAGGCUCCAGUGUUCCCGCCAAUGGAGCCAUCGAAAGCUCCACCAGCCAAGGCUCCAGUGUAUGAGCCAUUUGAACCAUCAAGAGCCCCACCAGCCAAGGCUCCAGUGUUCCCGCCAAUGGAGCCAUCGAAAGCUCCACCAGCCAAGGCUCCAGUGUAUGAGCCAUUUGAACCAUCAAGAGCUCCGCCAGCCAAGGCUCCAGUGUAUGAGCCAUUUGAACCAUCAAGAGCUCCACAAGCGUGA